AGAGAGAGAGGAGAGAGAUUUUCCUUUGUCAUAUUAUUACCCUAAGCUUCAAAAUUUGCACACAACUCUCUCAUUUUUUCUUCACCCACAAAACCAACCAAAGCAUGAAGAUGAGAAACAAAGUCCAUCCCUUCAUUUCUUCUUCUUCCUCUUCUUCUUCUCCAACCAAAGACCCUUUCCCUGUACUCAAUCUCUUACCCGCCGCCAUUCUCACUCUGAUUUCAGUUCUCUCUCUCGAAGACCGUCAAGUUCUUGCCUAUAUGAUCACAAGAUCCCUCAAAUCCUCAAACCCUUCGAAGAAGCCCUCCAAGAAGCAGUCUCUAAUUGAUUCCCACGGCCGUCAAUCGCCGGCCCUUUUCGACUGCGAUUGCUUCCACUGCUACACUAGCUUCUGGUUCAGGUGGGACUCCUCCCCCAACCGCGAGCUCAUUCACCAGGCCAUUGAAGCUUUCGAGGAGCACCUCACCAACUCCGAGCAGUUCAACAAGGUCAGUGCUCCCGGCAAUGCCAAGAAUAGGAAGAAAGAUAAAACGGGCCGCCGGAAAAAUGAGAGAGGAGUAACCGCCGACGGUACUGGUAGCCGCGUUCUUGAAUUCCCGCCGCAGCAGAAGAAUCAAGAAAGUCUCGAUGAUCUUGUCCCCCCGCCGGAGACUGAGCUGGGCACGGAGGAUGUGUUGGCGGCGGAGGACGGUGGUAGGGGAGCAGAACCGGAGGAUGCCUUGGCUACUGCGGCGCCGGCGGUGGUUGUCCGCAACCACAAGGGGCUGGCCAGAAAAGUGCUGCCGGACGUCAUGGGAAUUUUCAGUUCGCGUUUAUGGAGUCUUUGGAGUCCGAAUGUGUAAGCCAAAAUAAAUAAAUAAAUAAAAGGAGAAGAAUUAAAAUAUUCUACUCCAUUUUAGAAUUUCAAGAACCAAAAAAAAGAGAUAUAUUUUUUUGUGGUGGUAGGUAAUAUUCGUACUCCAAUAUAUAACUCAUUUUAAAUACUUUCAUGGUCC